AUGACGAUACAUACUUGCCCCGCUUGCUUGAGAUCGAUUCAAUCGAAAGACAGCGGCAAGCUAAUAUGCUCAGUAUGUGAUGGACACUGGCACGGCGUGUGUGCUGCGCCACAGCCUGCCGAUCUCCAACCCACUACGAUCCAGUCAUGGGCGUGCCAAAAAUGCGUGGCAUCGAAGAAAGCGGAAGCUUCUGCCCCAGCAGACAUUGAAUCCGCCAGAUUCAAAGCAAUCAUGGACCAGUUUGCUGUCCUAAAUAAUACACUAACAGCCAAAAUCGAUACACUGAGCGCGCUAGUUGAAUCUCAAAAUGAAACCAUUAAAGAAUGUGUCAAUGACAUAGCAUGCCUACGAUCAGAUAAUGAAAAACUGAAAAUUAAGAUUUCAACCAUCGAAAAUAGGAUUUCAGCCGUGAGCCAGCCCGAAGAAUUACAAUAUGAAAUCCUAGAACGAGUGAAACGCCAAAAGAAUGUAAUUGCAAUUGGACUGACCGAAACUUCUAAUGAUGAUUUCGAAGCGAAGAGACUCAUCAAUCACAUAAUUGCGGAUGCUGACAAAUCGGUGGUAUCUACCUAUAGACUCGGGAAACAGACUACUAACGGAAAACCCCGCCUACUUAGAAUUACAUUUGAUUCGAACGAACACGCACUGAUGAUCCUCAAAAACGCGAAGAGUAUGCCCAAAAAUGAUUUCCUCGGAGUCUAUUUGAAAUCAGACAACACACCUGCUCAAUCGAAAUAUCUCGCGGACCUCAAAAAGGAUCUACAAUUUCGUACUCAAAACGGAGAAAAAAACCUAACCAUAAAAUAUCGUAAUAAUGUACCGAGAAUUGUCCCUCUCCCUACUUCAAAAAGAACUCGAGACGAAGAAUCUUCUCCAAGAUCUUCAACUAAAAGAAAACAAUCGAAACAAGACGAAUUGCUUAAUGGAGAACGCAGGGAACCCACCGAAUAG